AUGGCUUCUACCACCAAUACAGAUUUUGCAUAUUUGGAACACGUUCAGCAAUACCUUCUUUGUGAAGAUUCCUACCUUCUAACAUUUUCUCAACCUUUUUCAAGCCCUAAAAGUGAGAGUGAUUCCCACAGAUCUGCGGGAGCGGGUGAGGUAAGCGCCCCUCCACCGUCUUGGAAGCGGUACAAGGGCGUUAGGCGUAGGCCAUGGGGGAAGUUCGCGGCGGAGAUAAGAGAUCCAAAAAAGAACGGUGCUAGGGUUUGGUUAGGAACUUAUUUGACCGAGGAGGAAGCAGCUGUGGCUUACGACAAAGCUGCUUUCAAGAUGCGUGGCCAAAAAGCCAAGGUUAAUUUUCCCCACCUCAUUGGCAACGACGCGUCUAUAUCGGAGGCAAAAAGAGAGGUGGUUUUGAAACGGGACUCACCCGAACCGUCUUCGUCGGAGGGAAGUUGUGAGUCAUUGUCACCUGGGUCGAAGAGGAGGAGGGGUAUGGCUGAUCUACUUAACAAAUUAGCCAAGAAUAGAAGUCAAGCCAUGGCGGUUAAAAUUAAAAAGACCUCGCUGGAAAAUGAUUUUGAGCAAUGGGUGAAUGAGUUGAGUGAUUGCACUCUGAUCUGGAGUUCUUAG